AAGUGCGGUCUCUUCUUUAUCGGCAAAACAAUGUGAAGAAAAAUUUAUCAAGUUAACCUCACAAUUCAGUCGUGGUCGUGGGCAUGUAACUAGUUGGUGCACACGUGUGUUUUUCUUUCUGUUGAUUUUGCACCAAAAAAAAAAUAAUAAUCAAUCAAGAUGCCGAAGAAAUCGAAAAUUGGAAAGCAGCGUAAGGAUAAGUACUAUCAGUUGGCCAAGGAAACCGGGUUUCGUUCUCGUGCCGCGUUCAAGUUGAUUCAGUUGAAUCGAAAAUUCGAAUUCCUGCAAAAGUCCAGAGUAUGCAUAGAUCUGUGUGCAGCUCCGGGAGGAUGGAUGCAAGUGGCCAGACAGAACAUGCCCGUUUCGAGCAUCGUUGUUGGUAUCGAUCUGUUCCCUAUCAAACCCAUCCAGGGUUGCAUCGGUUUAGUGGAGGAUAUCACAACGGAGAAAUGCAGGGUUGCUCUGACGAAGGAACUGCAAACAUGGAAGGCUGAUGUUGUGCUCAACGAUGGUGCCCCGAACGUGGGUAAAAAUUGGCUCUUUGAUGCCUACCAGCAGGCGUGUUUGACAUUGAGCGCGUUGAAACUGGCGACGCAGUUCUUGAAGAAGGGCGGUUGGUUCGUAACGAAGGUGUUCCGAUCGAAAGAUUACCAGCCGUUGAUGUGGGUGUUCAAGCAACUUUUCAAGAAAGUCCACGCCACGAAACCGCAAGCUUCGCGUAAUGAAUCCGCCGAAAUUUUCGUCGUCUGCCAAUAUUACAUGGCCCCCGAUAAAUUGGACCCCAAAUUCAUGGAUCCUAAAUACGUUUUCGAAGAGUUGGACAUUGAGCCAAAAAAUAAGCUGAACAUUUUGCAUCCAGAGAAAACAAAGAAAAGCAAAGUUGAGGGAUAUGAAGAUAACAACUACACCAUGACCAAUAAACUGCCGGUUUCUGAAUUUGUUAAGCAUCCUAAUGGAAUUGGGGCUUUGGAAGUUGCUACGCAAAUUGUUUUCGACGAUGAUAGGAUAGCUAAUCAUAAGAGCACAACAAACGAAAUCAAGGAGUGCUGCAAAGACAUCAAAGUGUUGGGUCGUAAGGAUUUGAGGCAGCUUCUGGCUUGGUGGAAGAUAAUGAAUGCAGAGUUCGUGAAGCCUGAGAAGGAGGAGGAGGAAGUGGACGAAAUCGAGGAGUCUGCUGAGGAGGAGGAAGAUGAGGAGACUCAGAUCGAUAAUCAUAUUUCCGAAUUGCAAGAUGAGGAGAAGAAGGAGAUGAAGCGCAAGAAAAAGAAGGCGCUGAAGGAGCGUAAAAAGUUGAACGAGAAGUUGAACUUGAAGAUGGUGCUUAAAGGCGACGAAGGUCCGACGAUGGAGGGUGACGAAAUGUUCAAUUUGAAGAUGGUCAAGUCUUCCAAGGACAUGGAGAAACUUCUCGAUCAGGAUCCGAACAUCGUCGCCAAAGAGGAAAUUGAUUAUGUUGCUCAAGCGAAAUACGAGAGAUAUCAGAAGGGCGAAAGCCACUUAGACAGUUCUGGACUGUAUUAUAAAGAUUCCGAUUCCGAGUUAGAAAUGGAGAGUGGAAAUGAAGAUGAUGAUGAGGUUAUCAAAGAAGGCUUGGGUUUCAGCGACGACGACGAUGAUGAGAAAGACGACGAAUCGCCGAAGAAAAAGAAGAAGCAAGAGAAGAAUCCGCUGAUCACGGAUUUGGAUAACAGGAAUAAGGAGCAAAAGAGGAUUUCCAAAGCGGAGAUGUUCUUCGAACGCGACAUUUUUAAGAAUUUGAUUAGCGAGAAGGACGAGGACGCUGAUCUGGAUAAGUUGGCGGAGCUGUACAAGAGCAAGGGUAUGAAGGUGAGGGAGGAGGUCAAAGCUAAGGAGAUUGUUAAGAAGGAGGUGAGCAAGGACGAGUCUGAUAGCGAUUACAGUACGGAUGAAGACAGUAGCGAUUCGGAUGAGAGUGAUUAUGAUUUCGAUCAGAUCAAGAAGAAGCAUUCCGCUAAGAAACAGGAGGAGGAGAAGGAUGGGUUUGAGGUGGUGAAAAGUACGCCGAUCAAGGGUAAGAGGAAGUUGACUGUCGAGGAAUUGGCUUUGGGUACUGUUCUGGUGAACAGUAAGAAGGCGAAGCGCGAUAUGAUCGAUGCGGCGUGGAACAGGUACACGUUCAACGAUAAGAAUCUGCCGGAUUGGUUCGUGGACGAUGAGAACAAGCACAUGAAGAAGGAGGCUAACGUUCCGAAGGAAUUGGUGGACGAUUACAAGAAGCGUCUGGAAGAGAUCAACGUUAGGCCGAUCAAGAAGGUGAUCGAGGCCAAGGCCAGGAAGAAGAGGAGGACUCUGAAGAAGCUGGAGAAGGCGAAGAAGAAGGUCGAGGCUCUGAUCGAUAACAACGACGUGGACGACAGGGAGAAGGCCAAGCAGAUUAAGCAGCUGUACAAGAAGGCUCACAGAACCACGAAGGAGGAGGUCACGUACGUCGUGGCGAAGAAGCACAGCGCCGGCAAAAGGGUGGCGAGACCCGCUGGAAUAAAGGGUCCGUACAAGGUGGUAGAUCCGCGCAUGAGGAAGGACAGCAGAAACGAUAGGAUAAGGAGCAAGCGUAGCAAGAAGAAGACUAAAGGGCCGAAACCGAAGGCAGCUCAAAGUAAGAAUAAAAAGAAAUAGACAGCGCCCACGCAUAAUAUAUAUGUAUAUUUAUAUAAUAAAAACACG